GUCGGGGCACAGCGCCGGAGUCUCUCCGCCCGCCGCGCGUCUCCCGCCCGCCGCGCGUCUCCCGCCCGAAGUGUUCGCCCACUAACAACUGCCCUCCAAGAGAAUGGAGCCUUGGAAGAGAAGGUAUAAUGAGGAAUUAGGUCAUUCCAGAAAGAUGAGAAUAUUUAGUAUCUUUACAUUCAUGGCUCACUGUUGUUUGCUGAAAGCAUUUACUAUCACAGUGCCCAAGGACCUGUAUGUGGUAGAGUAUGGCAGCAAUGUGACAUUGGAAUGCAAAUUUCCAGUAGACAAACAAUUAAACCUGUUGGCAUUAGUUGUUUACUGGGAAAUGGAGGAUAAGAAAAUUAUUCAAUUUGUGAAUGGGGAGGAAGACCUGAAUGUUCAGCACAGUAGCUACAGCCAGAGGGCCCUGCUGUUGAAGGACCAGCUCUCCUUGGGAAAGGCCGCACUUCAGAUAACAGAUGUGAAAUUGCAGGAUGCAGGGAUUUACUGCUGCUUGAUCAGCUAUGGCGGUGCCGACUACAAGCGGAUUACUUUGAAAGUCAAUGCUCCAUACCGCAAAAUCAACCAAACAAUUUCUGUGGAUCCAGUCACCUCUGAACAUGAACUAAUAUGUCAGGCUGAGGGUUACCCUGAGGCUGAAGUCAUCUGGACAACCAGUGACCACCGAGUCCUGAGUGGCAAAACCACCAUCACCAGCUCUAGGAGGGAGGAGAAGCUUUUCAACGUGACCAGCACGCUGAGAAUCAACACAACAGCUAACGAGAUUUUCUACUGCACUUUUCGGAGAUUAGGUUAUGAGGAGAACAGUACAGCUGAGUUGGUCAUCCCAGAACCAUAUGCAGAUCCAGCAAAAAACAGGACUCACUUGGUGAUUCCAGGAGCUUUCCUGUUGCUCCUUAGUGUAACCCUGACAGUCAUCUUCUGUCUAAAAAGAGAUGUGAGAAUGAUGGAUGUGGAAAAAUAUGGCACCCAAGAUAUGAACUCAAAGCAACAAAAUGAUACACAGUUUGAGGAGACGUAAUCCAGCAUUGAAACUUCUGACCUUAAAGCAGGGAUUCUCAGCCUAUGGUUUGAGUUCGUCAGGGCUAGGUGUGUCCAGAGGCAUGCAGUGGGCCAGGGGGCUGCAGGUAAUGUAGAACUUAAAAGCCCCAAGCUCUGAAAAUGGAAGCUGGGAAAGAAGAGGAGAACAAAGGAAGAAGGAGUAAAAGAGGUAGCCUGGAAGGAAACCUUGGUACUUCAAAAUGACUGGAAGACUCAUCAGUGCAUAUGAAAAGGAGAAAGGACACUUCUGAUUGAUAAACCUCCAUGCAGAUUAUCCAUCACUCAUCCUAGGAAAACAGGUUGAGAUGCCCCGUUUUAAUGGUCAGUUCCUGCAGAAGUGCCCUUUGCCUUCACUCAGUGUCUUGAUUUGUCUUCUGGGUGAUUGAGAGUCCCAGUGUCACAACAGCACUUAAGUAUGAGUUAUUUUUAUUUAUUUUGAGUCUGUGGGGUCUUGUCAUGUGAGUGUGGUUGUGAGUGAUUUCUUUUGAAGAUAUGCUGUAGUAGAAGUUAAAAUUUUGUCACCAGACCAAACUUACUACUUGAUAACUUGUAUGUGUCCAGUAAAAUAUAGUAUUUGUAAAUUGCUUGAUAUCCUCUAUAACUAUCAGUACAUAGGAAGCAUAGAGAACAAACCAUUGGUUUGUAUAGGAUAUGACUUUAUUUAACCCGUUGAUACUUUGAUUGACUUGGAUAAUCUUAUUCUCCGACACCAAAGUAAGGUACGUUACCAAAAUAUCUGUUACAUUUAAAUAUCAGCUUUACAACUGUGUGUACACAUAAUCUAAUUUCAUCCCUGUAGCAGCUGUGUUGUGAUAAGCACUAUUAUUCUACCCAUUUCACAGCUGAGGGAGCAGAGAUAGAGUAACUUGCCCAAGACAAUAAAUAGCAGACCUCAGAUUUCCAAGAGGAAAAUCUGUCACCCACUGUCCUUUAAUUAAUUUAUUUAUUUUAACUCAAGUAUAGUUGAUUUACAGUAUUGUGCCAAUCUCUGCUGUACAGCAGACUGACUCAGUUAUACACAUGUAUACAUUCUUUUUAAAGUUUUUUUAAAUUAAAAAAAUUUUUUUACUCACUAUCCUUAUAGAAUACAAUUUACAGCUGUAUUUUACUUUAAGAAAUUCAUUCAUUCAGCAAAUAUUUAGCAAGUGCUCUACCAUGUCAUUCACUGUGCCACGCAGAGUCUACAGAUGUGAGCAAGAUAAAGCACCUUCCCUCAAGGAGCUCCUAGUAUAGUGGGGACAUCAGUAAGAAAAUGUAUUGCUACAAUGUGGUGCAUUAUCAUAGCAUGAGGUGUUAGAGGAGAAUGAUUGUGUGAUGAGAAAAGUCUAGAAAGGAGCGCUCUGGGUAGCCAGCCAAUGUAUUCCUGGACAGUUGAAAAUAUGUACACAUUUUAAUAAUCAAAGCAAUUUUAGUUCAUGAGUUUUGUUUUUUAAAACUGUGGAAAACAGCUCUUGAAUUCCUUUUCUAUCACUGUAUUUACCCCUGAUUUGUUUGCCUUGCCAUGCAAUUUGAUGCUUAUUUAUAUAGUGCCUAGUAUUGUCUAGCAGUUUUCUUCUUUAUUUAAAUCCAAUGGAAUUUUGAAUUCAUGCUUUUUCAUGAUUCAAAAUUCAGAAAGUCUAACAGGAGACAUCAAAAAGUCUCCAUUCCAUCCUCUACUCAUCUAGCUUCCCUUUCCAGAAGCAACCACUCUUGUCUUUUAUUUGUCUUUAAAGAUAUUCUAUGAAUACAUUUGGAAAUGUUUGUAAAAUGUGUGUAUAUUUUCAGUUUUUGCUCUAUUUCACGUACGUGGUAAUGCAUUAUGCGUCUGCUGUGCACUUUGUUAUUUUUAUUUAACAUACUGUUUCUUAUGUAGUAGACAGCACAAAUUUGAAGUUCCCAGAGGCUAGGCACUAUGUCUUGUUUGUUCCAAGUCAUCUAUUCCACAGCCUCUUAGUAUCUUUCAUAAGAUGUGGCACAUACUAAAUAGUUACUACAUGUACAUUUAGACAACCAGCAUUUGUCAAGACUUGCUUUAUGACUGUGUUUGGAUUUGGUUUAUUUUGUGUUUCUCAAAGAAAGAGUGUAUUUCUCAAAAUGGGUUUUCCAGGGUACGUGAGGUCAACCUGGUCCUAAAGGAUGACUUGAUUGCCAAGUCUGUAUGACAGAAUCAUAUCUGGAACUUGUUUUUUUCUGUUUUCCCUUGAGUAUAAAUUUGACGUUGAUGUUGCACUUGCAAAAUUACAUGUUCUUUUUGGAAAUUCUAGUUAAGUACCUUGAUCCUAGACCUUCGUCUGUGCCAGCACAGGCCUGUGAGGCCUGUGAGCUGUGCCUGAACCUUUGAGUCCCACCAGUUCUCACCACUACACAGGCAUCCUAAGACAUUGCCUUCCAAAAGUUCACAUGCCCUCUGAGGCGGUCCUAGAGCGUUUCUUCCCCCUUGACCAUUUACCUGGAUCGAUGACAAGGAAAACCUUCCUUGCUUUGCCACAUGUCAAGGCUGAAGAAACAGAAUCUCCAACAGAACUCUUCCUGUUAUGUUUUUGUACAUGUUCAUUUGCACAAUAUCCCUUGUUUGGGUGAAAGCAUCCUUUGUUUAUGUGAAAUACAAGCUAGGAUUCUGGUUCAGCAAGACAUAAAGUCUGUUUACUCCAUUCCCAAAUCUUAAUGCCUUCUUGUGGUAUUGGAUUUGUAAGGCACUUUAUCCCUUUGUCUUGUGUUUCAUUGUAAAUGGUAUAUGCACAGAUUAUAUUUAAUUCUGCAUUUGAUUGUCACUGUUUACACUUGCAUUAAUUUAAUAAAAUUUUCUUAUUU